AUGCAGCACAGAAGUCAUUCACAAAGGACCAUCUCCAGCAGUCACCACUGCGUCACUGGAGUCACCGCAGGAACUGUCUCAGAAGCUACCACCGCAGCUACCCCUAAAGCCAUCACAGGAGCCACACUUGGAACCUCUGCAACAGCCGAAACCGCGGUCACCACUGAAGCCACAACAAGAAUCGCUUCAGAAGGUGCCCCCGUGCAAACUUCAAAACCUGCUACAAUGGCGGGAGUCGCUUCUCAAACUGCCCCCGCAGCAACCACUGCAGCCGCUGAAGGAGCUGCCGCACAAACACCAGGCAUCUUUUGA